GCAGAUUUCUCUAGAGUGUUGCAGUGUCGCUGAAACGUAACCAGAGAGACAUUGCAAAGGUGAAAUCACAAGAAUGAUGGGUUUAAGUAUCUUAAAACAAUUUGUGGUGCUCGCCAUUCUGCUUCAUACAGGUGUUAGGAGUAAGGAUUCAGUGUUUGUCUACAGCAGACUCGGAGGGGAUGCCCUCCUGCCCUGCACCAAAACGACCUCUGCUGAUUGCUCCACGGUCACCUGGACCUUCUUCAAAGGUGGCAAGGUGCGAUACACUGCAGAGGUCAGCGGAGGGAAAAUCAACUUAGACUCAGACAAAGCCAGCAGGAUGACCAUCAUGCCUAACUGCUCCAUCGUCCUUGGUGACCUCAUCAGGGAAGACGCUGGUUCAUAUGUGUGCCUGGAGAACGGGACGCCCAUUAGUGACGUCUACCUGUCCCUGCUGAGCAUCAGCUCAGCCUCAUCGAUCACUGAGCUCCAGCCUGGAGGGAACCUCAUCCUCACCUGCAUCCUCUUCACCUACUAUGAUGCAGGGAGCUGCAAGUCGUACUCCAACGUGUUCAGGAUCCACUGGCUGGAUAAAGAUGGAAAGCAGCUGCCGCAAAACGACAGAAGAUACAAACUGAUUGAAAACACACGGUGUAACAUCACCCUAGUCACAACGCUGCAAAUGGAGGACAACAACAGGAAGUGGAGGUGUCAGGUGGACACCAGUGAGAACAAAACGGCUGCAUUUCUGGACUUUAAAUCCUCCUUCCUGUUCCUACACGGCAACACAGAACAGACAGUACAGCCUAUGGUCAUAGAGGAGCGGCGUGCAGAGCUUCCCAUCAGCCGGAUCCUUCUCUGUGCGUCUCUGCCGCUCAUGGUGUGCAUUGUGGGACUCUUCACAUGGAAACAAGACCGCAAGAAAACAAAGACAACAGCUGUUAUCGAGCUGCAGGAGGUUCACUGACUGUACAUCACUGUAUAUCAUUUUUUUU